AUGAUUUGUCGCACAAAUGAGUCCUUAGACUAUUUGGGCAGACGAAUCUUGGAUCUCCCGUUUGUACAGAAGUUCAUUGCUUGGGCACCCAUGAAUGAAGAAGAGAAAGAAAUGCAACGGGUCAUCAAUCAAGAGCACACACAGCAGAAGAGCAAAAAAACAGAACUGGCGCAAAAGGCUAAGGCUGCCAAGAGACAAAAAAGAAAGCGAGCGCAGGACAAUGUGGGUGACAAUGGGGAUGAGGAUGUAGAUGAAUGCAUGGAAUGGGUCUCAGGCACAGGGGAGGUGGAACGGAGCGAUUGCAAGAAUGUCAGGUGGCAUAACUUCCUGAUAGAACAGAAGUUUGCUGGCAUGCUGGCUAAGCUGGGAGCGCUACGGCUGGAAGAGCAGGCUCAGGAGCUUGAUCGUGGUACCUUGACAAACAAAGUCACCAACGACUGGACAGUGGAGAAUCUGCCCCAGAAGAUGUCCACAAGGAUGCAAUGUGUCAUGGGACUGAUUGAGUGGUUCUGGAUUGGCAACCCCAAACCCGUUGCAUUGCUUGAGGAUGGUACGCUGGAUAAAGCAAGGCUUGUUCAAGAACCUUUGCCCAGCAAGAAGCCGCGGAAGUUUCUCAUAUACGUGGAAUUUCAGCAGCACCAAGCGCUCAUUGCAAAGAUGCUCACUCUCAAAGAAAAAGACUAUGUGACGUACAACGGCUCUAUGGCUACCACCAAGCGUCAACGGUCUGUUGAGAAGUUUGCCAACGACCCAUCAUGCCGAAUCAUGAUCAUCAGCAAUGUAGGCUCAGCUGGUCUCAACUUGGUGGAAGCCUCAGUUGUGAUCAUUGUAAGCAGUGUUUGGUCUGGGCUUGAGCUUGACCAAAUCAUGGGUCGCGUUGAUCGCCCUGGGCAGCUGCGAGAUGUAGCUGUAUACAACAUCAUGGCGCCAGAGGGAAUUGAUCUGGCCCUGAAUGUUUACGCAGAUAGUAAGGCACAGCUCUCUAACCAUUUCCUGAGCUCGCAAAGAACCUUGCAAACUGUGUACUCGGAAAUUGCUCAGCCACACUCCAAUGAUCACGAUGAGCUUGACUUGGAGGAGAUCCCUGCAGUCUCUUCAACAAAGGGUACAAAACCAUCCACUUCCAAAGCUGGGCCACGCAAGAGAAAAAGCCAAAAUGAACAAUGCUCUCAAGAUGCAAAUGCUGUUCAAAAGCUAGCCCUAGCCAAGGCACUGGGAUCACAGGUUUCCGGUGCUCCCUCAAGCAAUUUAGUCCCUAUGACACAGAGCAUGCAACCUCUUCCAACAUCAUCAACAGGAAGCACAGAACAAACUGAUGAGUUGUUGAUAUCCCAGGGUGUACCUACCACUACACCAAAUGCCAUUGGUGCCCGGACAAUGGUGGCCAGUAGUCAACAGAAGACUAAGUUCCAUGCAAAAAAGGCAAGACUUGGUCACUCUUCUUCUGACCUGUCAUUGGUGGCUGCGGCAACAGCACAGCCAAGUCAGCCUUUAUCUGCGACAGGGCCAAUAUUGGUGCCAGCCAAGAAGCGCACAGCACCAUCCAUGGAUCCACCAAGCAGCAUGCCAACACGUACAGAUCCAGCUGCCAGUGGUAGCUCUUCAAGACAAGCACCAAUUGUUCCCAGGCCAUCUGGAAGUGCGCAGCCAAGAGCAGCUACUGCUACACCAGAGCAGCUGUUGCAAUUACAGCCUGGGUCUAGCUCCACAGCACCUACUACAUCUGGGCACUCAGUAGUCACAGGAGGUGGAAGCUCACAGAGGAAGGUGUUCCGUCUGAAAGCAUCAAAACUCUCAGCUAGUAAUCACUCUGUUGACGCAAAAAAGUAA